AGUGUCAUAUACGAUCGCUGUAUCUAUACUUCCACCACAAUCUUUUGAGCUAGAGCUAUAGAUUGGAAAACCAUGUCUACGGAGGACGCUGUGCCACAGAGCACCUUGCCGUACCCGCCUUUACACCAGGACAAGAAAUUUGUCGUGCUCUCAGACUGGGAUGGGACGAUCACUACGUAUGAUAGCAAUGAUUAUAUGACGGAUAACUUGGGAUUCGGGAAGGAGAAGAGACGGGAGGGUAAUUUGAGGAUCUUGAAGAAGGAGGUUACGUUUAGAGAUGCAUUCAAGGAAAUGCUUGAUAGCGUUGCGGAAGGACAUUCUUUCGAGGAGUGUAAAGAGGUUCUUAGAAACAACAUAAAUCUUGACUCUGGGUUCAAGGACUUCUACAAAUACUGCAAAGAGAACGAUAUUCCGAUCGUUCUCGUCUCUAGCGGCAUGGAACCGAUCAUCCGUGCGGUAUUAUCAAAGCUCAUCGGCGAGGAAGAUGCGGCGACGAUUGAUAUCGUAUCAAACGAUGUGAGGCACUUGCCUAAUGGGAAGUGGGAGAUACAGUAUCGUCAUCCUACGAGUGGAUAUGGACAUGACAAGUCGCAAGCCAUCUUGCCAUACGGGAAGCUAGCUAACCCGCCAACGUUAUUCUUCUUCGGCGAUGGUGUCUCGGACAUGUCCGCCGCACGUCAUGCCGAUGUCCUCUUCGUGAAGCUCAAAGGCGAUAACGAGAACGAUUUGCACGAGUACUGCAAGGCCGAGGGUAUCCCGCACGUUCUCUUUACGAACUUCUCGAACGCAUUAGAGAAGGUGAAAACGAUCGUAUCCGGUGAGAAGACGAAAGAGGAGGUGUUGAAGGAUGGAGUUUGGUUGGCUGCUUGAUUUGUUCCGCUGGUGAUUAGAUAAAUACCAGUUUGGUGAUGAAUGUUUCGGUCAUUUGACUGUAGACGGACGAUUAGUAUACCUUUGUAGACGCGUUGUUGAAAUGUAAAGACGUAGAAAUGUGUAUCUGUGCCACUCUUAUCG